GAAUGAGAAGAAGGGGAAGGGAAGGGAUGGGGACUUGCACGCUCCUGUCAGCAUACAUAUUGGGUCCAAUAGAAAAGAUUAGCAGACAAUCGUGAUCGUCGUAAGAACCAUCUUUUAAGCGCCGUAGCGACCAGAGGUAUUGGGGAGUUACUAGGCAGCGACUUGCUUUACCUAUGUAGAUCACGAGUUACCGGUAGUAAAGGGAUUCUGCGGGUGGCAGAGGCCUGGUCUGGUGAUGAUGAGAGCCUCGUGCAGCACUGCUUGCAACCCAAGCACUCGUUGCUGCACGCAAUCCUUGGCCGAUUGCAAUUCCUCAUUAUUGGGUUUUCUUUGAGGGACCGCGGGGAGUGUCGUAGCGGAAGAUAGAGCGAGUAGUGUAUACGUGCGGGGAGGAGAGAUCACAGGAAAGUGGAGACGGAUGUGGGUAUGUUGUGUGCGGAUUACUUUCUUGGUUGCCUUGGGAGGUUUGAACAGGUGGUUGUCGAUUGGGGGUGUAUAUGUGCACAGAGGCGGAAGGAAGCUUGAGAGCAUUUUGGCAUGUCGUAUGUGUAUGUGUUGGUUUGGUGGGUACGUGGAUCAUCCUCUGGGUUUCAUGGCUAAUUGGUUACGUUACGACGGCUUUCUUGUGGGUGAGGAUGUGAGAAUGGGGUGGGUGGGCCUGAAUCGUGCAGCGGUUCUGGAGAUCGUUGAUUAAUUUUGUUUAAUAGGAAAUGUGGUAGAAUGGAUGCAGGCGAGGGGUGGCUCAUACGUCUGUUUUUCCUGUUGAUGUGAAGGGAAGGACUGGUUACAUGUCUUUAGAUGUUGCUUGCUGGGAGUUGGAAGCAUUGGGGAGGAUUAGGAUGUCAUUUUUUCGCUGUUUUUUUCCUUAUAAAGCUUGCAGUCAAGGUCAAGGCAAUUGUCGAUUGGCGAUGCUAUAGUCUCAAUUGUUCUCUUGCUUUACUUCUAUGGGAUUUCCAUCGGAAUCUUUUCCGAGGCAACCACAAGCAUAUUCUUACGGACAGCCUGAAAUACCGAGGGCUUGACAAGUCGCGAUGUCGCUUGUUGAUCGUACAGAUGAUGCGUGUAAUGUGGGGGUGUAAGUGACUGGAGGUGGAAGAGUCACAGAUCUUAAUUACAAGCUUGUCUUACUCUUUUUGGGAGCUCGCGUGGUGUUUGCGAUUUGCACACAAGCAAGCAUGUUUCGAUAUAGGGUUUCUGCGUUGAAUUUUAGAACAGGCCCUGCGUGGUGAAUUGAACUUCAUGGCUCACGCAAUGGUUAUGAGACUCUUGUAACUCAUUGUUAAGAAACUUCUUGAUGAGGCGUUCCACAAGGAACAUAAGCUUGAAGGAGCUGAUGUCGUCCAGACAGAAGGGGAUGAAAGUCCAGACACGGUCAGCCAUGGCAUCUGAGUUUGGUUCUAGAAGACGUAGAGGAGUAAAGCAGGACGAACCGCACCAGGGUCUUAUACCUGCCCUUCCAGAUGAGCUUGCACGUCUUUGCUUGGCACGAGUACCACGUGCUCAACAUGCACUUCUUAGUGCAGUUUGUCGAAGUUGGCGACUUCUCUUGCAAAGUCGUGUUUUGUAUGACAUCCGACAAGAGCUUUCACUAGCUGAAGAAUGGCUCUUUUUGUGGACUCAGGAUAUGUCAAGAGCCAACGUAUGGCAUGGCUAUGAUCCACAAUCGAAUCGAUGGUUUGCUCUCCCGGCUAUACCAAAUGAACAGCGCACUGCUGGAAACUCUGCCUCUGCAGUAGUGGAUGGUAAACUUUUUGUGGUAGGAGGACAACUGGACAAUGGCAAUGCAUGCAGCCGUGUUUCAUACUUUGAUAUGCAACUCUACUCCUGGAAAUCUGCAGCUCCUCUGAUUAUUCCACGGGCCAAAUGCAUGGCAGGUGUUAUCAACAACCAGCUGUAUGUCGUCGGAGGAUUUACAGAACGUGACCAAGAUGCAGGACCAACUGCCGAGGUUUACAACCCGGCAAAAAACGAAUGGCGCCGCAUUUCGUCCAUGAAGAUCUCUAUGGAGCUUUAUGACUCUGCCGUUCUUGAUAACAAGUUUUAUGUGGUGAACUCUUCCAGCGAGAAUCUGGUUGGGCUUGUUUACGACCCAAAGCAAGAUGAAUGGGUGUACAUGGCCCAUGGUCUCAAUACAGGUUGGCAGUCUAAAACUGCUGCUAUGAAUGGUAAGCUGUAUGCUGUUGGCGAUUCACAUUCACUUGAAGGAAAGAAUGAAAUCUCUGUGUACAAUGGGAAGAAGGACUCCUGGGAAACAAUCAAGGGAGUUCUGGAGGAUUCUGCUCCUGUUUUGGCCUGGGGCCCAGAGCUUGCGAGUCUUGGUGGAAAGCUUUGUAUUGUUGGUACAGGUUUGCAACCUCGGAUAGGAGCAAACCGAGCAGCUGUUGCUUUUGUAGAGGUGAGCAAUUCCAAGACAGAGCCUGCAAAAUUGUCUGCCUCACUGAAGUUUUACGAAGAUAUAAGUGGCAAAAUUCAGUUCGCUGAUCCACUGCCGCGGGGCGCAUGCCAAGUCUUGGCGCUGUGAUGGUAGAUCUUGUACAGUCGGAGUGGAACUUUCUACUACCGUCCAGUGGGAAAUAGUUCGAUCUCAGGUCCCAUCUUACUCAUGCCUUGAGUUAUUUCGUGGACCUCCAUUUCUUUCCCUGUUUCUGAUAGGUUUCGGAAGCAACAUUGUUUUGGAACUGUCAAUAUCUGGAGUAAUUGCCAAGUUCUUGUAGAUGUGUUCACUGAAGGCAACUUAAUGCUUCCGAUUCAGCUCUUGAACUUAGUUCAGAAACUUUUGUAAUUUAAACAUCUUUUCCCUCUGUUAGGGUUAUGACCAAUCUGAUCGAACUAUUUCAAAACAUUUUUGUUCUCUCUGGCUGGGGUCUGUUACAUAAUUCAAGCAACAAUCACAUAUUA